AGCGAAACGCUCAGGGAUCUUUAACAUGUAUGUUUUGCAAUGAGCUGAAUAACGUGCUGGGAUAAACCAAGCUGUCAGCUUCUUGAACUGCGGCUGCUUAUGACGUAUUACGUUAUUGUUCUUCAGCGCAUGCGUGUCACAUUUGCUCAUUCCAUGGUGUGACUUGAUCUUCUGAGCAUGCAUUUAAAUUUAGGACCACUAUUGACAGAAAAUUAAAGGAAGGUUCUGAAAGGCCACACAAAAUGAUCGGUGAAAAAUCUGAUUUCUGCAAUAAGACCUACGAUGUAAUCGUAGUCUAUUUCUCCGGUGUUUUCAUUGCCCUAUAUUACUAAUUAUGUAAUCACAUCCUCAAACCAUGAUCGCAUGCGGUACUUCCUGCCUUCCCAGUGUGGACCUUCUGAUUUUAUAUAGGGCACCAAAUUAGAUCAUGCCUCAAAUAAACCUCACACAAUUAAAAAUGGUGUACUCUGUUGAAAUACGUAUUUUAAUGCGCUAAAUGGAGAAUAGUGUUAUAAUUAAAAAUAACAAUUUGACAAAAGAUGUUCAAUUGACAAAAGGAACAUCUAAUGAUUGAAUUAAAAAAAAAACUUCUGCAGAUAACAUCUAAAUGUUCUAAACUUCUUUUAUUUCUGGUGUACUGACCACAAUAAUGUUUCUAGGUAAGUCGUGGAGUUUGCCUAUACCCUAAUGAAUUGUGAUGUCCACCCAAAACAAAACAGUAUAAAAUAGAUACAUGACCUGAUUUUUUAAGGACUUGUGUUCCGCUCACAUGAUCUAAUGAGCUCUGACUUAAGUAGUAUAAUUGUUGUCUUCGUUACAGUGCUGCAUGUGGAUUAAAUUUUAAUGGAAUCAUCCACUUCUUAUUAUUUGUUGUAAGCAUUUCUUGCAAUAGUUAGUAGAUUACAAAGGAAGAUGGGCACCUCCAGGGAGAGUGGACUGGAAUAGACAUGAAGGAGUUCAUCCUCUGUUGCAUCAGGAUUUGGAGCACAAAGAGGAAAAAAGUGGUCUGUUCCACAGAGUGAAAGACAGAGGGGUAUUUGAUGUGAUGAUAAAGGAAAUUAAGAGGCCAGCAAAAGAAGAAUGUUGGAUGAAAGUGAUGGAACAUGAAAAAGUGAAGUCCACAGAAAGCAUGAAGACCAGCUGUGACUACCUUCACUGCAGCCCAACAAGAUAUGACAUAACCCGGGUGACCUGCUAAUCAACCAUGAUAGCCCUAAAGCUGUGACUGGCAUUAUAAACCCUGUCUUCUAUACCCAACACAGAUCCUCCUCCUCCUCUUCCUCCUCUAUCACAGUCCUUCCUAGGCACCUUUGCUACUCUCUUUUCUUGAACAAACACACCCUCCAUUGUGCCUGUCACUGCAUUUCUCUUCUUGAUUAGAAUAACAUCCCGUUUUUCAUCUUCAUCAUGCAGAGUCUUUCCAUCACUCCGGGUUUCAUUGUUAUUCUCUCCUCCCUCCUAAUUGCCACCCGCUUUCCAAGCGUGGUCAAUGGGGACUGCUGGCUUAUUGAAGGGGACAAGGGUUAUGUGUGGCUGGCUAUCUGCAGUCAGAACCAGCCACCGUAUGAGACCAUUCCUCAGCACAUCAACAACACUGUCCAUGAUUUGAGACUCAAUGAGAACAAGCUGAAAGCAGUGCACUUAAACUCCAUGUACCGCUUUACCAACCUCACAGACCUCAACCUCACCAAGAAUGAAAUUACCUACAUUGAAGAUGGUGCAUUUUCGGGACAAGCAAACCUUCAGGUUCUUCAACUGGGCUACAACAAGCUAACCAAUCUAACUGAGGGUAUGAUGAGAGGGCUCGGUCGCAUGCAGUGCCUAUUCCUCCAACACAAUCUCAUUGAGGUUGUUGCCAGCAAUGCAUUCUGGGAGUGCCCCAGUCUUAGCAGCAUUGAUCUGUCAUCCAAUAAACUUGCCCGCAUCGAUCCGUCAACGUUCACUGUUCUAAAUCACCUAAUGGUUUGUGAACUGGCAGCAAAUCCAUUCCAUUGUGGCUGUGAUCUUUACAGCUUCCUCACCUGGCUGGAAUCCUUCAACAAUGUCACCCACACUUAUGAUCGUCUCCAGUGUGAGACGCCUCGGGAGAUGUUGGGUUUUCCACUACUAAGCCCCACUGCUGCCGGUCACGCUGGUCGAAACGCCAAAAAUAUCUUGUCCUCCCACUGCAGAGAUGGAGUGAUGAUUCCUGGAAUAACCUCUCUCCCACCAGACCUGGAUGGUCCGUCUGGAAUUGGUCCAGAGAUGUUUGGUGGUGUGGGACCUUACCAUCAGCCCAACACCUCCACAUCCAUAGAGAGCAGCUUCAUUCCCAGCAUCAAGCUCCAUCAGGUCUCUUUGUCCUCAGCUUCUCUCCUUGUCCAGAUUCCGAGGCCGUUCAGCAAAAUGUAUAUAUUAACACAAUAUAACCAAACUUUUGUGUCAGAUGUUAUGAAUCUGAAGAACAAAAAGGAAAUGAUCACCCUCAACAAGCUCAAACCACACACCAAUUACACUUUCUGUGUGGCAUCUGUCCGUAACUCCCAACGAUAUAACCACACGUGCCUCCAAUUUUCCACUCGUUCUCAAAAUCAAAACAACAUACUACCCACGCCAUCAACCACAACACACUAUAUAAUGACCAUUGUGGGUUGUCUAUUUGGCAUGCUUAUUGUUUUGGGCUUUGUCUAUUACUGUUUACGUAAGAAACGCAUGCAUGAUGAGAAGAAGAAGUCCAUCUGUGUGAAGAAAACAAUUCUGGAAAUGCGUUAUGGACCGGAGGUGGCUGCAGCAGUUGCAAAGGAUCCAGCAGCCGCCCACAAGCUUCAGGAACACUCCAGAGAACACCACCAAUAUCACCACCACCAUGGAGGCAAGCUUCCUAUGUCUACAUCCUCUAGCUCUGGAAUGCUUCAUUCAGCAAACACUAGUUCCUCCAGACUUUCCUCUAUUCCACAAGUGGAAAAAAUGGCCACUGCCUUCUCAGAGGCCAUGACAAGCAAAGGAAACUAUAUGGAUAUCAGAAGUGGAGGGGCAGGGAUUGAGAGGCUCACUGGAGAUGGAGGACAUGUAGGUAGGAGGGGGGAAGACUUAAGGGAUGAUGAUGGAACAGAUGUUGGAGAUGAUUCAGAUGAUGAUGGACAUGGUUCUGCAUCAGAGAUCUCAACUAUCGCCAUGGAGGUGGACAAAGUCAACCAGAUCAUAAACAACUGCAUUGACGCACUGAAACUGGAUGCAGCAGCUGUUGCAACUUCGGGCUCCACCCCAAAUCCUACACCAUCCUCCAAUCCUACCUCCCCACCCCCAAACAGCACCUCUGCUCUUACCCGGGGCUUAAUAACACUUUCUCAAGGGAUGAACGAAUCUUGCCAAGUCAACAAAAUUCCACCUCCGCCACCCCUCCCUGCUUUGAAUACUCCGCUUUCUGAGCGCCCAGGGAUCAGUGGUGGUGGAUUCGUUGUUACUCCUCCCUACAGACCACCUCCACCGGCCAAUGCUGUACGCCCCAUUCAGCGGCAAAUGAGUGCUGAUGCAGCUGUGGUGAUUGUAAAUGCUGUCAAGAAACAGAGCAGUACUGCCUCAUGUGGUUCUGUGGGUCGGGAAAGAGAACAUGGAGGGGCCCGCGUCUAUAGCCUCGAUGUUUCAGAGCCAAGAAGUCCAGAUGCCUGCAAUCAGCAACAGCAGUACCAAGACCGUGCAAGUCCUGUGGGCUGUGGGGAACCCCUGGAAAGACUGCCGUUAGUGGGAAGUAUGAGCUGCACUGGAGGGGGUGGUGGUGGUUGCGACAGUGGUGGUGUUGGUGCCCAACAUCAAGAAAACCAAAAUCCACACCAUUACCAUCAGCAGCAACAGCAGCAGUUGGAGGUGCAGCAGGACUACCACUGCUCAGAACACCGCCACUCCGUCCCAGCUCUUUACUAUGACGGCUCCCAUCAGGGGUCCCCAGCUCAGAGGGUUUCCUUCCUAAAGCCACUGUCACGCUCCCGAAAAGAUGCAGCAUCUUACUCCCAGCUAUCUCCAGCUCGCCACCAUUCCAGUUACUCUGGCUACUCCUCCAGCCCAGAGUACUCCUCAGAAAGCACAUUGAGGAUCUGGGAGCGCUUCCGCCCCUACCGUAAAGGCCAGCGUGACGAGGCCUGUUAUGUAACAGCUGGUAAUGCCCUCCGAAAAAAGGUGCAAUUUGCUAAAGGUGAGGACCUGCAUGACAUCCUUGAUUACUGGAAGGGUGUGUCAGCACAGCAAAAGCUUUGACUGGGGGACCAGUGUUAAGCAUUUUGAGGAAAAGAAUUUUGUUUACUUCUGGUUCUACAGUGCCCUUUCAGGGCUAGAGAAACUUCUUAAAGGGAAGAAAUGUGUUGGACACAGUUUUGCCUUGUAUUUUUUUGGCAUGCUCAGUGUUAGAGUACUGUGUUUAAAGCACAGACUGUGAAACUGUGCCUGGGAUACCUGGGAUAUAACUCACUAUGGUCUUUUUUUUCACACUUCAUUGUAGCACUGUUUCUGGAUUAUUUUAACAACUGUUCAGUCUAAUAAUAUUUCUGCGGUCACACUUUGUGAUCUUUUAGACUGUACCUACUGAGUGCCAUGGUUUUCCAAGAGAGGUAAUUCUGGUAUAAUUUUGAUCUGAAGGAAGGUUGCUCUCACAACCAUCAAAAUUUCUGUCUGAGUCAAAUUCCAGCUAGCCUCCUCCAUCUUUUAAUACCAUAAGGAAUAGACACUGUAUAUUAACAUUAUAACAGCAGCAUCCACUCGUGAAGAAGUAAAAUAAAUGGCAAUGUGAAUUGGAGACUGCAGCAAAAUGUCCUAAUUUAUAAAUGUUACGCUUUAAUGAAUGAUCUAUAAAGAUCUUUUAUUAGGUUUUGGUGAGAACUGAUGUGAAGGAAGGCCGGAUGAGGCAAUUUGAAGGAAAUAUGAUUUAAGCAAAUUCCACGUAACAGGAACACUUUAAAAAGAUCAAAAUACAUUCCACACCCUUUGAUAUUUUAAUUGAAUAAAUAACAAAGUGAUAAAAUCCCUCUCCAAUUUACUGCCAACAUUUCUUUUUUGUUGUGGUUAAUAUUUGCCAUCUCAUGACAGGCAUGUUUGCCUGCACCUGAACACUCACAAGUAGUAAUUUUGUGUGUGUGGGUGUGUGCGUGUGUGCGGCAUGCUCGAUGUAAGUAGGUGUCAGUAUACCUUGUCAGAUUUUAUCAUCUAUGCCCAAAUUGAUUUUAUUGAAUACUUGUGAAUGCCAUCCUAUAAAUGACUGGGUUUGUAUAAUUCCUUCACAUUGGAAAGCUGGAUGAAUGCAAAAACAACACUAGCAUUGCCACUUUAUUUUCCAGACAUACGUGUAUGCCAUGAAAAUUUUUUCUCAAGCCUAGUACCUCUUUCUAUAACAGCCAGGAUCAUGUUUAUACUUAUUUUCCUUCACUCCAACUUUUCCAUUGCAACAAUCAGAAUGGAAGUUCCAAUCUGCCUACUUAAACUGCUGUGAAACAUUAACAUGCUUUGACUAUUUUUCCUACCCUUAAAUGUGAAAACUUAAGUGAUCCUUGCCUCACAUUUGUAUUUAGGGCUAUACUGAAAACAAAUGUUCCAGAGGCAUUUCUAAAUUCAGGUCUCACUAGACAUUAAAUCAAUGUGCGAUAUUCAUUGCACACAACUACUCACUGUCCUGCUACCACGUGUUGAUUGUAUAUAGGAGUUGAAAGGGCGUAUGCUUGAGAUAGCUUUAACCGUGAGCUUAUGUUAGCAUAAAGUAUAAAAGUAUAGCUGUUCUUGAUUUUCUGUGUACCUCCAUUUGGUUCUUAGCUAUCCACUUUUUUUUUUUUUUUUUUCAUUUUACGGCUUCUUUCUUUAGCCUGUUCUCACAGGAAUAGUAGUAGUACAAGUACAAGUAAAGAUUGACAUUUGACUUUUUAUUGCUUCUUUUAUUUGGUAAAAUAAAUAGAUUAACCGUCAAUUAUUAUUAUAAAUACAAUACAUUCCAAUUUACAGUCUCCAAUGUUUGACUAAGCAGGAGAAAAUUUUGUUGGUGGUAACUAAUAUUUUGCAUAAUAACAACAUAUACCGUAUUUUUCGGACUACCAGUCGCACCUGAGUAUAAGUCGCACCAGCCAUAAAAUGCCCAAUGAAGAGGAAAAAAUAUAUAUAAGUUGCACCAGAGUAUAAGUCGCAUUUUUGGGGGACAUUUACUUAAAAUCCAACACAAAGAACAGAUAUGUCAUCUUGAAAGGCAAUUUAAUAUAUAAAUACAAUAGUGAACAACAUGCUUAAAUAAGUGUAGAGUGCAUGAAAAACGAAAUGCGAAUAUUCUGUCCUCACCAGGACGCUACGGCUCGGUCCUGGCUAUACAGCGAGCUAAACUCCCAAAUGACGAUGCAGGACGUCCGUAUAAUUUGCUGAAUCAAUUUCGUCCUCGAUACCAAACAGCGUACAUACGUAAAUAAAUGAUAAUUAGGUGCUAUUACAGCAAUGACACAAACAGUUAGCAUGCGUUCGCUAGCAUUAGCACAUCGCUCAAACAACCACACAACUGGCUCUAAGUGUCCGAUCGCGUGUGGAAAAAACACAACAACAACAGAAAAGAUGAUACAUACAGGCAUUGCCUCUGUAGAGAUAUUUUAGAAGCAUAAGCAAUGAACCUGUAGGUUCGCAGCUGUGUUUCUCUCUCGCUAACUUACCCACUCACUCAAAGCUGCGUGGCUGUCAGUCUUCUUCUGGCGUGUGAGCGCUCUUUUUCGCGUAAACAAGUGCGAGUGCGCCCCCACAUGGGCGUGAAAGCGCCAAAAACUAAAAGCAUGCAUUUCAAUAUAUAAAAGUCAAUAAUAAUAAUAAUAAUAAAAUAAUUUUAUUUAUACAAUUGAACACACAUUGCCAAAGGCAGAACGCGAACGUGGCUAUAGCUAUUAAGAAUUAUUCAGAUAACUAAAGCAUAAAGAACAUGCUAACAAGUUUACCAAACCAUCAGUGUCACUCCAAAACACCAAAAUAACAUGUGAAAUGAUAUCAUAAUGUGUUAAUAAUUUCACACAUAAGUCGCUCCUGAGUAUAAGUCGCACCCCCAGCCAAACAAUGAAAGAAACUGCGACUUAUAGUCCGAAAAACAUGGUAAUGAUUUUCUGUAAUAUUUUCAUGAUAUCAUAUCGCUGUUUUUGCACCACUUGCCGAUUGAAGACAUGCAGGUACAGCUAGGGUGAAAGUUUGGAUUUUGUGUUAUGCUGCACACCUUCUUCAAGAAAUUAUGGAAAAUGUUCACUUUCUGAUCUUCAACCAUGUAAAAAUGUAUCCCAACUUCUGUGAUUCAAAGCCAAUUGUUCACCCUUCGGUGUGCUGGACUGCCAAAACAACUAGAGAAGAGAACUUUCAGUGCUGUUAUACCAACCAGAAUAACUUAAUCACUCUCGUCAGGAUUGAGAUUUAUUUGAACUGCCAUUAAUCACAUUUCCAAUUGCUGAUGUUAUGUCGACUUUUCUGUUUUAAUCAAAAUGUGAAAUUCUUAUAUUGAUGGAUUGGAUAUGAGAGUUAAAGUGUUCUUCUGCUCAAUGAUUUCCAAAUUCAAAUAUUAGACUGAUAGGUUUUCAUAUUUAAUGAUGUUGAAAGCUUGUGAUCUGUAUCUGUAAACCAGUGCUUUUGCUCAAAUGAAGCCUAUUUUUGAUCAGAAAAGAAAUUAUAGUGUUUUUCAUCAGUGAAAUACUUGCAAAAGCAUGGCACAUGAAAGCAUUGAUGUCAAAAAUACAUAACAUGUUCAUAAGUAUCCUGUUAAGCUCCAAAUGUAUUUUUUUUUUUGCGCUAAUUUGUUCAUGCUCUCUAAUAUUUAAAGGAAAUUCAAUUACUGAAAAUAAGCCAUUAAUGUGGUAUAUACUAAAUUAAAGGGACUAAUUACUGAGGUACAAAUAUGACAAUUAUAAAAUUAUACUGCAAAUAUAAGUUUCGCUUUAUUUUGAAAUAACUGGGGGGGGGGCAUCAAAAGCAAACAACAGGCAGCUUGAGAAUACACAGUUUUGGAGACUGGUAGUUAAAAUUGUAAGUAACCAGAAAAUAAUUUGGUAAAUGGUGCUACACUCGUCUAGCGCCUUUCCAACUUUAGGGCCAUCAAAGCGCUUUACACUGUAUCCUCACCUACCUACUGGUGACACAGCUCCGGGAGCAAUGUGGGGUUCAGUAUCUUGUGGCGGGAGAAUCAAACGCACAACCUCUGAGUUGGGGAACGACUACACUACCACUGUUUGAUUAAAUUGUCUAUAAUCAGCAAGUCAUACAUAGUUUUAAAAAGUGAAAUACAGUGGAUCUUUGAAGGGUUUUCUUUUAUUUUCACUUUAUACUAUCCACACUCCUCAGCAGCAAGUAGUUCAGAAUGACUCACACUUACUAAACCAACAGCAGUAAUUUAUUGAAAGAAAAAUCUAAAGAGCAAGAUCUUUGGAAAGAGCAAAGCAAUAUGAGGAUGUCUUCAGCCCAAUGCAGCAAUAUAAAGAGUUAAUACGUAUUAAUGUGGUAUUCAGACAUGGCCCACACUAACCCAGUUGAAUUCUGAAGAGAAACAACACCAUGUUUAAAUUAGAAUGCACACAUAGCACAAAGACUUGGUGGCUAAUGGUGCUUUAAAUGAAUAAAAAGCAGCCCCAGCUUUAAAGCCUUAAAGAACACUUUACAGUGCUUUUUCUUGGAGGCAGAUAUUAAUUAGGCCUGACGGGAAAUCAUUUCAUUUUUCAUCCCUUUGUUGACUAUUUAUUGAACUAUAUAUUGAGUGUGUCUAGUUUAAUGCAUUUCAGUCAAAAGCAUCUAUUUUUUGUUGUUGCUGAAGUUUUACUUCUGAGUCCAGACAAAUGGCUUUACUAAUUUCUUGGUCACUCUUCACACUAGACAGUGAAAACGCUUCCCACGCGUCAUCCCAAUCUGCCAAACACUUCAUGGCAGAUAAGAAAACAAAGUAUUGAAAUGAACGGCCUUCAUUAGUACUGCAUGUCUUGUGUGAAAAAUAAUUCAUGUGAAUGUCAGACAUUGUCAAAGUCACAAAUGUGUUUUUACUGUGACGUUAAAAUAGUGGAUUUUUUUGAGCAGAAGAGCAUUUACUGUAAAUUGAUAAUGACCAGCCCCUGACAAAUGUAUUUUUCACUCUUGAAAAAAUAUAUUGCUUUACUCGUUCAUGACACAAAAAUAAACAUGUGUUUAGAGUUUGGUUUCCAAAGGAGGACAUAAGGACUUGAAAAAUCUGUGAAAUAUGUUAAUUUUGUAUACAUAAAAAAAAAACAUGUAAAAAUACUCUAUAGAUGUUUUAUACUAAGCCUGAGCUCUUGUUUGUGUGUUUAUUUUUAAUUUUUUUUAAAGAAAAAUGUAUUUCUGAUCUGCAACGAUUUUUUUUUUUUUUUGUGAGGGUGCUUGGACUUUGAAAACAUGCAGUGAUAUAUGUUAUUUCAGAUUAAGAGUAAAUAAAGCUUAUUUAUUAUGCUGCACAGAAGAAAGUUGUAUAUUUGCAUGAUUCUAUGUACUCGUGGGAGACAAAAAAUAUAUAUUGUUGUGUAAAAUGAGUGACCGUUCAAUGAAACAAAAACAAAUAGGGGCUGUACGUAUAAGCGUUUCUUUGGUUUUGUUUUUGGCUAUUUUACUUGUUGCUCUCUGGAAUUGUUAAUAUUUACGUUGCUACUUUAAUUAUUUUUUUUCUUAAGCAGAAAUGUAUGAAACCGACCCGGUUUGUUGACAAACUGUCCUGCGAAACCGCAAAUUUGUAAUUCUUAAAAUUUGAUCUUUGGCUUAAGGGGUUGCACGCAUGUUUUUUUUAUUUUAUUAUGUUUAUAAAACAGAUUAUGGACAGCUUCAAAGGUCAUAUUUUUUUCAUAUAAGUAUGUUAAUUUACAGAGUGGCACAGUGGAUGAAUGGGUAGCAGGAUGCCUCAUAGUUCUGAGCUCAAGGGAUCAAUCCCAGUCAUUGGAACACUCCAAAUUCUUCGUGGGUGUGCUUCUGAGCGUGGAAGUUUGUGUGUUCUGCCAUUAUUUGGCAACCAUUCAGGGGUGUACACAGCCUCCAGCAGAAGGUCAGCCGGGAUAGGCUCCAGCACCCCUACAACCUUAGGAUCAGUGGUACGGAAGAUGGAUGAAAGAAUAUCAAUUUACUAAUACAAUAAGUUUUCUGCAUCAAAAACAUAAUGUUCUAAUACUCACAAUUUAAUCUGAAACCAUUAGCAUCAGCUGCUUCUGCAUCCAUCUACUCACUUUGGGCUACAACACAAGUUUACGGUCCUCAUCAGCUACAGUAAUGUUAAAUGGCCACUUGGAGGAAAUCACAAAUGUUAUUUGUCUAUUUAUUGAAUAUAAUUAUUUGUAUUAUUUUCUCCCCGGUACUAAAUAUUGCCUUCAAUCCACACCGAAGCAAACUUAAAGUCUAUUAAACCAAUGUAAAUAAAAACAAAAACCAUAUAGAGAUGAUAGGGACUGGAAAUAAAGGGAAUUACAUUUUAUGUAUUGUAGAGUGACUCGUGAUUAUUAAUUUUUAACAAAUGGGUGUAAAAUAACGUGUUGGAUAUACAGUAAAUAAGAAUCUAUGAAAUGUUAUCCUUCACAAAACUAUGAAAAGUGAGAGCUAAUAAUUGCAUAUUGAUUCAUGGGAAGGGAACCAUAUGCACUCCUGAAAUUCCAAAUUCAAUCAAAUUAUUUGUGGGUAAAUCAUUUCCUCAUUGUAUUUGAGCUCGCUGGCUUGUCUCGUUGAACAAUGCUGACCUUUGAACUAUCCAAUGACCCCCCCACCCCCUUUUUUUUUAUUUUUUUGUAAUAUUUUAGCGACAGAUUAACUCUUCUUCAGUAUGAUUUAAACAGAGCAACAACAAAAAAGAUUGUGAAUUAUAAAGUUCGAUGGAGCUCACUGCUAUUUUUUUCAUUGUGUGUGUGUCUGUAGAAUAGCAGCAGACAAAAAUAGACCUCUCACUGGUGAGCUAUUUUUAGAACACGCUUGCAGGCAAUUUGGUCCUUGGGGAGGCUACCUGGUUCCUGCGGGCACCCUUUUGGUGACCUCUGCUUUGAAAAAUCUGAAACAUGAAUGAAAAUGAAAAUACAUUACUUGUAAACUCGUCAACCCUUGUACAGUGAGGAAAAUAAGUAUUUGAACACCCUGCAAUUUUGCAAUUUCGUCCACUUAGAAAUGAUGGGCGGGUUUGAAAUUUUCAUUGUAGGUGCUUGUCCACUGUGAGAGACAGUAUAAAGAAAAAAAUUUCAUAAAUAACAGUGUAUGAUUUUUUUAACUAUUUGUAUUAUACUGCUGAAAUUAAGUAUUUGAACAGCUGUCUAUUAGCUAGUAUUGUGAGCUUCAAAGACCUGUUAGUUGCCUUUAAAAGUUCAGAUGAAUAAGUGAAGUGGAGGUAGACUUUUUGAGUAUGACUUUUUGACCUGUUUAAGGCGGUUAGCUGCAUAUAAACACGUGUCCACACAUGUCAGGACUCCAAUUACUAACAUGGUCAAGACCAAAGAGCUGUCCAAAGAAACCAGAGAGAGAAUUGGAGACCUCUAAAAUGCUUGAAAGUGUUACAGGGCAAAUGCCAAGCAGCUUGAUGAUAUAAGAUCCACUUUUUGAGCAAUUAUUAGAAAAUGGAAGAAGCCAAACAUGACUGUCAAUCUCCCUUGGACUGGGGCUCCAUGCUAGAUUUACCAUGUAGGGUCUCGGUGAUCCUAAGAAUGGUGAGGAAUCAGCCAAGAACUACACAGGAGGAGCUGGCCAAUGACCCGAAAGGAGAAGGUCCACCAUUUCCAAGGUUACUGUUGGUAAUACACUAAGACGUCCCCUGCAUAAAACCUGCACAUGUCCUGGCCCAUUUUAAGUUUGCCAGUGAUCAUUUGGAUGAUCCAGAGGAGUCAUGGGAGAAAGUCAUGUUGAACGUUUUGGUCUUAACUCCACUCAUAGUGUUUGGAGGAAGAAUGGUGUUAUGGUAAAUGGUGUUAUACUUAUAUAGCGCUUUUCCACCUUUCAAGGCGCUCAAAGUGCUUUACACUACAUCGCCAUCUACCUACUGGUGACACAGCACCAGGAGCAAUGUGGGGUUCAGUAUCUUGCUCAAGGAUACUUAGGCGAGUUCAUCAGGGCAGAAAAUUUAACCCACAACCUCUGGGUCAGGGGGCAACUACUCUACCACUGAGCCACGUCAUCCCCGAAGAUGAAGAAGAAUGAUUAGGACCAUCCCAAGAACACCAUCCCCACUGUGAAGCAUGGGGAUGGUAGCAUCAUGCUUUGGGGGUGUUUUUCUGCACAUAGGACUGGACAACUGCGCUGUAUUAAACGAGAGGAUGACCAGGGCCAUGUAUUGUGAGAUUUUGGGGAAUAACCUCCUCCCCUCAGUUAGAGGAUUGAAAAUGGGUCUUGAAUGGGUCUUUCAACAUGACAAUGACCAGAAGCAGACAACCUGAAUUACCAAGAAGUAGCUUUAUAAAAAGCAUACCAAAGUUCUGGAAGGGCCUAGCCAGUCUCCAGAUCCAAACCCAAUAGAAAAUCUUUGGAGCAAGCUCAAACUCCAUGUUUCUCAGUGACAGCCCAGAAACCUCAUUGAUCUAGAGAAUAUCUGUUUCGAGCAGGGGUGCAAAAUCCCUGCUGUAGUCAGUUCAAACCUGGUGAAAGGUUACAGGAAAGGUUUGACCUGUUUAAUUGUAAUCAAAGGCCACUGUACCAAAUAUUGAUAUGAUUUUCUCAGUUGUUCAAAUACUUAUUUGAAG